UGCCGUUUAAAAUAAAGCUACACCCAAACAAGAGCCUUUUCUUUUCCACCCAAUUCCAGCUUUUCCAAACACACAUAUUCCGUUCACAUUCGCUUGCAAGUUACAAGUAAUUUAUCGGAUCGAAGUGUUUCUUUACUCGAUUCAUCGCAUCCAAAUUUUCUUUACAGUCAUUUUGCAUAAACUUCGCCAACAAAGAUUUGAUUUUUGUUAGGACCCAUCGAUCAAACCUUCAAAUGGCGUCUUCUUCAACUUCAUCCCUUGACAAGAGCUUUAAAUAUGAUGUAUUUUUGAGUUUCAGGGGCGAAGAUACUCGUACGAACUUUAUUGAUCAUCUUUAUCAUGCUCUUCAGAACAAAAGCAUCCAUACUUAUAAGGACGAUGAGAAAAUCAAAAAAGGGAAAAACAUCAGUGAUGAGCUCAUCGGAUCCAUUCAAGACUCCAAAUUUUACAUCAUUGUUUUCUCCAAGAACUACGCCUCUUCAUCCUGGUGCUUGGAUGAACUUGUUAAGAUAAUGGAGUGCCACAGGACAAACGAGCAUAUCGCUUACCCUGUCUUCUAUGACGUGGAACCUUCAGAAGUCCGCAAACAAAGCGGGCCAGUGGCGGAAGCGUUUGCAAAACAUGAAAAAGAAGAAGCUGCUGGGAAAUGGAGAGAGGCUCUGAAAGAAUCAGCGGAUCUCUCUGGAUGGGAGUUGAAGAAGACUGCUGAUGGGCAUGAAGCUAAAUUUAUCAAAAGAAUAGUUGAAGAGAUAUCACUAGAGUUACGUUCAAUCAGUUUCAACAUUGAUGAAAAGUUGGUAGGAAUGGAGACCCGGAUCAAAAAUCUUGCUCCAUCUUUAGGAAUUGGUUGUGAUGAUGUCCGAAUGAUCGGUAUCAAGGGGAUGGGAGGUGGUGGAAAGACAACUUUGGCAAGAGCUGUUUUUGAUCACAUAUCCUUUCAGUUUGAAGGUAAAAGCUUUGUUGAAAAUGUUAGGGAAAAUGCUUCUUUGUCUGGUUUAAAGUCGUUACAAAAGCAAGUCUUAUCAGAUGUCUUAAAUGAAGACAUACGUGUAAGUAGUAUUUAUGACGGGAAACACAUGAUGAAGAGGAGGAUGCGUGAUAAAAAAGUUCUUGUUGUUCUAGAUGAUGUGGAUCAUAUAGACCAGCUUGAGGCUUUAGCCGGUGAGCUUACUUGGUUCAAGUUGGGAAGUAGAAUAAUCAUUACAACAAGAGAUGAGCAAGUGCUUGUAGCACACCGAGUGGAAUUCAUUCGUGAUGUCAGUUUGUUAUCGGAUGAGGAAGCAAUUUGCCUCUUCAAGACUUAUACAUUUUGGAGAGAGGUUCCAUCUCCAAGGUAUGAAGAGCUAUCAAGACAAGUUGUACGCUAUGCCGCUGGACUUCCCUUAACGAUCAAAGUUUUAGGUUCGUCUCUUUGUGGUAAAAAUGAGCUUGAAUGGGUAGAUGCCCUAAAAAGACUAGAAACAAUCCCGUUAACGGAAACUUUGAAAAAAUUGGAAAUUAGCUAUAUCAGUCUAGACGACGAUUACAAGGAAAUAUUCCUAGAUAUUGCAUGUAACCUGAAAGGUUGGGAGAAGGACGAUGCAAUCAGAGCACUUGAAAGUUGUGGAUUUUGUGCUAUAAUUGGUUUACGAGUUCUUGAGCAAAAAUCUCUCGUAGCUAUUUAUUGUGAUUCUUAUGGUGAUGAGCGGGUGGGCAUGCAUGAUCAUGUUGAGGAAAUGGGUAGGAAUAUUGUUCGUCGCGCACAUCCCGACGAGCCUCAUAAGCAUAGCCGAUUGUGGAAAAUCGAUGAAAUUGAAGAUGUAUUGGCUAAUGAUUUGGGUACUAAAGCAACAAAAUAUAUACAAUUCCACACAAAGAAAUUCAGUCCGCAUAUUUAUUCAAAAGGACUGAGAAAGAUGAAGGAACUUAGAUUUCUUUCCGUUUCUGCAGUCCACCAGUUAGAUUUUUCCAGUAAUUUGGAGUUUAGCAUAGUCGUUCCAGCUGUCUUCCCAAAUACUUUACGAUAUCUGCAUUGGAGCAGUUACCCUUUCAGGUCUUUACCCACAACAUUUCAAGCAAAUAAUCUUGUUGCACUUAGGAUGGAUGACAGCAGAAUUGUACAACUUUGGGAAGGGGGAGAAAGAAAGGUUCUUAACAAGCUCAGAUUCCUUGACCUCAGUCGUUCAAGGUUGAGUACCUUUGACCUUGGGCUUUCUCCAAAUCUUGAGAAGUUGACUCUUAAAGAUUGUUAUAAUUUGCUAGAACUUCACAUGACUGCUGGAUGUUUAAAGCUGACAUCUGUCAACCUUGAAGGUUCAAGCUUGAUGACCCUUGACCUUGGGCUGGCUCCAAAUCUUGAAGAGUUGAUUCUUCUUGAAUGCAAAUAUUUGCAAACACUUCACUUUCCUGAAAGCUGUCUAACUCUAAGAUGCUUACUACUCACCUAUUCAAAUUUGAGGACCCUUGACAUUGGGAUGACUCCAAACCUCGAGAAGUUAGAUCUUAAAAAGUCUUAUUGUUUGGAAGAACUUCACAUGGCCAAUGAAUGUCAAAAGCUCACCGAACUCAUCAUUACCCAUUCAAAUUUGAGGACCCUUGACCUUAGGAUGACUCCAAAUCUCAAGAAGUUAGAUCUCAAAGAGUGUAGUGGAUUGGUAGAACUUCACACUCCCUUUGGAUGUCUAAAAAAGCUUGCCCAUGUAGAUUUAAGUGGUUGUUUGAGGUUUAGAUCUUUUAAGUUUAACAUAGAGGAUUAUACUUCUUGUAGUGUUGAUGAAUCACUUGAGGUUGGUCCUUUAGCCGAGUUACAUCUGUUUGUACAGUCUCUAGAAAGAUGUCCACUUCACCCUGACAAUAACUUGCCAAAGUUUCGGUUUGACUGUGAUUAUAAAGAAGACCGUCCCUCACUGACUAGAAAUCUUGAGAUGCUUUUAUCUGUAGGUAUGUGUUCUUGCACAAACCUCAAGACUUUUUCACAAAGCAUUUGUGGGUUACAAUGUUUGAGAAAGCUUGAACUCAAAGGCAGUUUUCUAGAGGUGAUCAAGGACCUUGACCAGUUAGAAUCUCUCGAGGAGCUAAUAUUGUUGUCUACAAAUAUAAACCAUCUUCCAGACAGCAUUUGUAAGUUGAAACGUUUGAAAACUCUUAAACUUGAUGAUUUACGGCUUCUUGAUAGGUUACCUGAGGAUCUUGGCCAAUUAGAAUAUCUAGAGGAGCUUGGUUUGUUGUCUGCAGAUAUUAAACACCUCCCUGAUAGCAUUUAUAUGUUUAAACAUCUGAAAUCUCUUGAACUUAGUUCUUGUGUUUUGCUUGAGACAUUACCUGAUGAUCUUCAUCAAUUAGAAUGUUUAGAGAAGCUAACUUUGUCAUCUAGAAUGAUUAAACGUCUUCCGGAUAGCAUUUAUAUGUUGAAACAUCUGAAAUACCUCAAACUUACAUCGUGUUGGUUUCCUGAGAAGUUACUUGAGAAUCUUGGCCGAUUAGAACACUUAGAGGAGCUAGAUUUUUCACAUACACAGAUUAAAGAUCUUCCAGGUAGCAUUUAUAGGUUGAAACAUCUGAAAUCUCUAAAGCUUCGAUCUUGUUUGUUGCUUAAGAAGUUACCUGAGGAUCUUGGCCAAUUAGAAUGUUUAGAGGAGCUAGAUUUGUCAUUUACAAAGAUUAAACAUCUUCCAGAUAGCAUUUGCAUGUUGAAACGCCUGAAAUAUCUUAUACUUUCUAAUUGUUGGCUGCUUGAGAAGUUACCAGAGGAUCUUGGCCAAUUAGAAUGUUUAGAGGAGCUACGCCUAUGGAAGUGUGAAUUUUUACAAGAUAUCCCGAAUAGCAUCUGUGAGAUGAAACGCCUCAAUUUUUUCUGUCUCCGAGAUUGUAUUCGAGUUGAGAAAUUGCCUGAGGAACUUGGACGUUUGGAAUGUUUAGAAGAGUUAUAUAUAGAUGGUACAAGAAUAAGUCAUCUUCCCCGGAGCAUUCAUUUGUUGGAAGCUAGUCUCCUCUACUUUGCUCCAGGGAUGAUUUUGAGAAGUUCUGGAGGCACGGAACUAUUGUCAAAUGAGAGAGGCAAGCUUAUCGUCGCAUGGUGCUGA